AUGCCGUUUCGCGGCUUUCGUGCUGGAGUUUGCCUCGCCUUGGCUCCGUCGUUGCUUCGGCCAUGGGCAGGCUUCAGCACGGUUAGCCGUCCUGGCGAAAAGCGGCUCCGACAAGUCUGGCCUCGCAGCGCCCCUACCAGCGUUGCCGCCAAAGCUUUCAAGGGCUUCGGCGAAGCGCCGCCGAAGCCGAAGCCAAAGGCGACGGCAGCACCGAAAGGGUGUCGAGCGGUGCUGGUGUCAGGCAAGGAUGGGAGCCAGUGGCAGGUUCUCAUCGGGAAGAGUGCUGCUGACAACGACCGCCUGUCCCUAGAGCAGGGACGAGCUGAUGAGGUGUGGAUGCAUGCCGCUCAUGUUCCCGGAUCGCACGUGGUGGUCCGUGCCGUCUCUUCUCAGGGACGUCCCCCUACCGACGUGAUUUCGAAGGCAGCCUCGUUGUGCGCCUACUACUCCAAGGCGAAGGCAGCCUCUUCGGUGGAGGUCCACGUCACAACCUGUGGGAAGGUGAAGAAGCUGCCUGGAACUCCUGCGGGCCAGGUCGUGCUCAUGCCCGGCUGGAAAUCUGUCACGGCAUCGCCCAAGGCCGCCGAAGCUAUCCGAGAUGCGAAGGGAUGA